AUGACAGUAAAACGUGCACAUCUCAUUGGUAGUACUAAUAUAUAUCGUGAAGCUGCAGAGAAUAAUGCCCGAGAAAUUAUAUCUGAAGGCUUUUCCAACAAAAUUCGAAAACCAGCUCCACCUGCUAAAAAACACAUUCUAGAAUGGAAGGUUUUGAAUGAUGAAAAAUUUAUUGCCGAUGAAUGGAUUAUCGAUGACCACAGUAUAACAAAGUCAUUUUUAGAUUUUAAGAGUUUAGCCAUUUCUUUGGCUAAUGAGGGUAAAUUAACAUAUGCUGCUCAUCCAUCAGAAAUAUUAUCAUUAAAUUCAAUUUUUUUGAUGGAGGAGAAUUCCAUACGAACGAGACUUGAUAUCCCAUUAUCUAUUAGGAAGCAAGCUUUUGGCCAGAUGAGAACUUUAUAUCAAAAAAAUAAUCUAAACAAAAUUAUUAAAGAUUUCUGUCACGAAUGUUCUGAUAUCAGCAGAGAAAAUGAUAAAGACCAGUUUGAAGACUCGAUAGAACAGUCAUAUUAUAAACUUAAAGUGAAAUUGGAUGAUCCUGAUAAGAAAUUGUUAAGAAAAUGCCAGAAUGUGUGGAAACAUCUUUGUGAGAAUUGGAAAACUUCAUUUGAUGACAAUAGAACAGUAGAAGAUACUCAUGUUCAUGAAUUAUUGCAUCCACUUUUAAAGCCAUUCUUCACUAUUGAGCAAGGGCGUGAUAUUAACUGGGCUAACAAGGUGUCCAUGGCAAGUGCUGAACGAAAAUGUAAUGAAGAAGGCGAUGGUCAUAAGCCAGAUUUCAUGGUCUCUGUAGACAUCAAUGGUGGCGAUGAUAAAUUUGAAAUACUAUAUGGAUUAUUUAAGUCUCCAAUAAAAGCAAAUACCUAUUUAGUGAAUGUAGAUUUGGUAGAUUUGGGAGUUUGA